UCCCUUAGCGUGGACUUUAGGUCCACCCCCCCUCUUCUUCUUCUUUCCCCCUCGAUUUUACAUGACCAUAAUAGUACCCACAGACACAACACAAGCAAGCCCUAGAAAAUCCUGAGCCGCAAAGCCAAGAGGACGAAGAACGACAACAACGACGUCGCUUCAGCAAGCAAGCAGGCAGGCUCUCUCUUUCUCUUCCUCUGGCAGGAUUUGAUUAUAUCCUACACUUCGGUGAUGAAGUGAUAGCAGAUUAGUACUCGACAUAGUAGUCGAAUCUUGUUUGUUUAAUCCUGGUCCUGGAAAAUAAUGGCGGGAGCAUUACCUGGGGAAUCUUCACAUUGUGGGAAUUCCGAGAGUGGGCCAUCUAGGAGUUCUCAAGACAGGCCAGAGGAAGGGGGUCGUUGGUAUUUUUCUAGGAAAGAAAUAGAAGAGAAUUCCCCAUCAAGAAGAGAUAAUAUUGACUUGAAAAAAGAGACGUAUCUACGGAAAUCGUAUUGCACGUUUUUGCAGGAUCUCGGCAUGAGAUUGAAAGUGCCCCAGGUAACCAUAGCUACAGCAAUAAUAUUCUGUCAUAGAUUCUUCAUUCGCCAAUCACAUGCAAAGAAUGACAGAAGGACCAUAGCAACUGUGUGUAUGUUCCUUGCUGGGAAAGUGGAAGAGACUCCUCGACCACUAAAGGAUGUUAUUCUGGUUUCAUACGAGAUAAUGCACAAAAAAGAUCCUGCUGCUACCCAGAGGAUCAAACAAAAGGAAGUAUAUGAGCAACAGAAAGAGCUUAUUUUACUUGGGGAGAGGGUUGUACUUGCCACUUUGGGUUUUGACCUCAAUGUUCAUCACCCCUACAAACCACUAGUUGAAGCAAUAAAGAAAUUUAAGGUUGCACAAAAUGCCCUUGCUCAAGUUGCGUGGAAUUUUGUUAAUGACGGGCUGAGGACUUCACUCUGCCUGCAAUUUAAAACCCAUCACAUUGCAGCAGGUGCCAUUUUCCUUGCUGCCAAGUUCCUCAAAGUGAAGCUUCCAUCGGAUGGCGAGAAAGUCUGGUGGCAAGAAUUUGAUGUCACCCCGCGCCAAUUGGAGGAGGUUAGCAAUCAGAUGUUGGAGUUAUAUGAGCAAAACAGAGUGCCCCCAUCACAGGGGAGUGAAGUAGAAGGAAGUGCUGGAGGUGGGUCAGGGCAUCGACUGCCAGCUAAAACUCCAGCUGUGAGUGAGGACCAUGUUUCAAAGCAAACAUCGUCACAAGCAGCCUCUGAACCUCUAUGUCAAGAUGACAAUGUGGCACUGCCAAGAAACGCCCAUAAUCAAAAUAAUGACAAUGGGAGUGGAGAGACUGACAGUGUUAUUACUGAUCACAAAGUGGAGGUCGAAACUAGAGACCGUGAGCAUGUCUCCCACAAGGAAAUCACAAGAGAGGACCCCAAUAAAUCCAGGUAUGGGGCAGAGCAACUAGGUGAAGAAGACCAAGAAAGAACUGCAGGGAGAAAUGAUGGCGCAGAUGCUGGAGAGUGGAGGGAUGAUGCUGUAUCUCAUAAGUCCACCAGCUUGGGUGGUAGAAACUUGGAUCUUCGAGAAGGCAUAGUUGACCAGUCCCCUAAAGAUGCUAUUAAGAUGAUAGACAAGGACAAGCUGAAGGCAGCACUUGAGAAAAGGAAGAAAUCUCGAGGGGAGACAAUGCGGAAAAAGGAUAUCAUGGAUGAGGAUGAUCUUAUUGAGAGGGAACUAGAAGAUGGGGUUGAGUUGGCAGCUGAGGAUGAGAAAAUCAAACAAGAGAGAAGGCAGAGCUGGUCUAAAACUGAAAAUCCAGAUGAUAUUAACGAUCAUGCAGAAAUUGGGGAUGGCCAUGUGAUCAUGAAAGGACAGUCAACACGUGGAUUGGAAGCAGAAUACGCAGAAGAAGGGGAAAUGUUAGAUGAUGCUUCCCCCAUACUGAAUGACCGGAAAAGAAAAGGGAGCCCGGCUGAAAGGCAGUCAGAUGGAAAGAGGAGGCAUGAUUACAACCGUGAUACCAUAGAAGAUGGACACAAGAUGGGGAAGAGUGGUUAUGCGGAAAGGGAGCACAGAAGGCAUCCACAAGACAAUCAUUUGUGAGGUAAAUGUCAAGGCACUCUUUGUAUUUCAGUUAUGUGGUCAGCAUGAUCUUGGGACUCUUGAGACUAUGCCUGAACACUACGUAUUAGUUUGAUUUUGGAUUGCCUGUAUGGCAUGCUUCAUUGUAAUACAUGAUAAUGGAUGGGAUGCUUUAAAUUUAAAAAACAACAAAAGGAAAGAAAAUGAAAGCAGUCGUUAUAUUCA